AUGACAUCUGGAAAAUUGGUUGAUGACGAUGCUGAAGAAGAAGAAUAUUUGUCUGAAGGGUCAAAGCUCAAAAGAAAGAAAUGUAACCAAGAGCUUGAUCAAGCACAACAUGUUGCAAAGGAAGCUGAAGUAGCUGAAAACGAGGCUCGUGAUGCACGAGUCACUCUCAAAAUUGAGAAUGCCCACUUCCCUCCUUGGUCCAUGGAACGGAUUCUGAAUGAAGCAAUUGACAAUCAAAACAUUUACUGGUUGGAGCCAUUUGUCUCGUUUGAGCUAGAGAAUACUUCGAAAUCUCAGUUUGAUUUUCCGAUCACUCUAAAGGCUUUUCUAUUUCGCUGUUUUGAAAAGGUUAAGAAAGCUUCGAUAUCAGAUGAUGAUGUCAAUCACAUGCUUUUCUCCUUCUAUCUUAAGCACGAGAAGCCUCAAUAA